UACUAGCUAUAUCUUAGCAAAAUUUCAGGAAAUUUGGUCAUCUUUCCUUCGAGAUAUAAAGCGCGGCGCCUUUGCACUUCCGCGCCGAAACAUCUCUUUCUUCCUCGUUUUAUUGUUCUCCCUCUUAAGAAAAUAAUUUUUUACAUCUUUUCCAUUUCCGUUGAUCCCCUAGGGAUUUUUGGGGCAUUUUUACUUUCCGUCCCAUUUUUCUUUUGUUUUUUCCUCAACUCAGUUUUAAAAAAGGCUUAAAGAAAAUGCCAAUAAAAUAUAACAAUUCCCUUCUUUUAAUGUAUAUCCAUCAAAAAAUAAUUUUUUAAAGGGGAAGUUUGUAUUUUUUUUACUUUUUUUCUUAAGAAUGUUCCCAAAAUAAUUUUUAAAAAAUUUUAAAAAAUUAAAUUUUUUUAAGAUACUUUUCGGUAGUCUCCGCACAUUUUACUUUUCUCCUCCUCCAUUUCUCCUUUUUCCUAAAAUGUACAGAAUGGUCAAAGUUAAGUCACUAUCAACUGCAAUCCAAACAGAAGCUGCUCUAUCUAGGGGUCUACUCACUCUGGGUCUCAAGUACAUCCCAAGCUAUAACUUCGCUCAAAAUUCUCAAAUCCGUGAUGUCAUAGUAUGGUUCGAUUCAGGUCCUCGAGGUGUAUCAAUCAAACUAGGAGGUCCCGGACUCGACCAUUUUGAAACAGGUUGUAGCUCUGCAGUAUAUUGGCCUGUUCCCAGGUCUACUUACCAGAGUUAUGGUACCAUAACAUAG